UAUGCAAAAAUAUUCAUAAAUAGCAGCACUAUUACAAUAAUGUCUUGAUAGAAAAAGUACUUUGAAAUCUAUAAUAUUGAAGAGUUCUUCCAAUUAGUCAUUUGUCAGAUAGGCUUAUGCAAUCAUAAGUAAGGCUAUUCAACAUUACGAAUAAUUAUAUUAAAUUGUGGAGGAAAUUAAGUCCAUUCAAUAUAUCGACAUAUUUGAUUACAAUUUAUUAAUAGUUUUGAUGCUUGAUAUUUUUAAUCCAUAAAAUAAGAAAGCUAAAAAAAUGGGAGGAGUAGUUGCAAGAUAUCUUAAAACUCACAAAGUAUUAAUAAAAUAAUUACUUGAAUAAAAUAAGAUUUAUGAAUAAGAGAAAAAAUAUAUCUAUAUUAGAGCAUUAUAACAAUUACCAUUUGAAUCUGAAAAUGAUGAACAUAUACCAAAUUUAUGUAAAGUGGAUUAUGAUAUCUAUUCAUAAUAUUUAUCUAAAAACCCUGAAUUUUUAAAAGGAAAUACAUAUAUAGUUUAAAGUAAAUCUAGUGCAUUACCAGCAUAUUUAUUAUUAAGGAAUAUAAAAAAUAAAAUAGCUGAUAUAAUUGAUUGUUGUGCAGCUCCAGGAAAUAAAACAAUAUAAUUAUCACAUUAUGCUAAAUAAAAUAAUAUUACUGGUAAAAUAUAUGCAAUUGAAAGAGAUGAAAAGAGAUUUGAAAUACUAAAAAAUAGAUUAAACAAAUAUAAUUGUGAAAAUGUUUAACCAUUAAAUUUUGAUUUCUUAACUAUUAAACCUAGAGAUUAUCCAAACAUUAAAAUAGCACUCUUAGAUCCAUCUUGUUCAGGUAGUGGCAUGCUUUAAUUAAGAAUGAUAGAAGCUUCUAAGGAUGAUUCUAUAGAAGUUCCAGAUGAUAAAAAAGAAUAGGUUACAUAAUUAUCAUAAUUUCAAUCAAAAAUGUUACAUCAUUUAACAUUUUUUAAAUAAUUAAAAUUGAUUAUCUAUUCAACAUGUUCUAUUUAUAAAGAAGAAAAUGAAGAUGUAGCUAAUAACUUUUUAUAACUUCAUUAAUAAUGGGAAUCUGUGAAUUUAUUUCCAGAAUGGCCAUAUCGUGGAAUUGAUAAUAAUUAACAUUUCAUACGUGUUCCUCCUAAAGAAAGUGAUGGAUUUUUUGUAGCAAUGUUUAAAAGAAAAUAAUGA